AUGGGCAGCUACAGACCCACGCAGCCAACGUACGCUAAGCAUGUGGAGCGUAGACCCAAGCAGCAAUUGCAGGCGAGAGAGGAGCAUGGGGCAUUGAGCGGACCACCACAGGGUGGAGGCAUGGGCGACCUGGCAGAUUUCUUAAGGGAGACGGAACCACCGCCUCCCAGUGGGCCGGUCGGUGGAAUGAGGCCGUUGAGUCCAGCGAAGGAAAAGGAAGAAAGCAGUGGCUUUGGAAGAAUGUUUGGCAGGCGGAAGAAGGAGGUUAAGUGA